UUGACUGGGGCUGACUCUCGCCCGCCUCAUGGGACCACAGCUGGCCCUGACUCCGGGCCUUUGCUCUGGCCGAGCCCUCGGCCUUGGGCCCUUUCCAGUCACCUGACUCCGCUGACCUGCCCCUCGCCUGAGCACUGGCACCGUCCUCCCGCUGGGGAAGGGCGGGGUCGGAGGGCAAAGUCUGAGCAGCCUCGGAGGGGACCACCCUGGGCGGGGCUGGUGACCCCAGGUGGGGGCAGGCAGCAGCGGCUCGUCACCUGCCUGACAGCGGACCCGGACUCAGGGGAGCGGUGACCAGCGUCGGGUGGCAGGCAGAGGCGGGACGGCACCUGGCAGGUGCCUGAGAGGCGACAGACGGGCCAGCUUCCACGCUGCUGCCACUGCUUACCCACCAGCCCAGGUGCCAGUACCGCCCCCAUGGGGCUGACAUGGAGGGAACGGGCCUUCACAGCCCUGCUGGGGGCUGCAGCGGUCUCAGGCCUCACCACGCUCAUUCUCUUCCUGGUGGAGGCCACCAACGUCCUCCUGCCCGCAGACACCAAGUUCGGGAUCGUGUUCGACGCUGGGUCCUCCCACACGUCACUCUUGGUGUAUCAGUGGCCGGCAAACAAGGAGAAUGACACAGGUGUGGUCAGCCAGGCCCUGGCCUGCCGGGCGAAAGCUCCUGGGGCUCCAGACGUGGCAUCCCUCCAACCUCUCCCUCGGACUUCACGUGGCCUCUCCCCUGUGUGUCUCAAAUCUCCCUCUUCUGUCUCUUGGCCUGGCAUCUCUUCCUACGCCUCUGACCCUGCACAGGCUGGCGAGAGCCUGCAGGGCUGCCUGGAGGAGGCGCUGGCACUGAUCCCAAAGGCCAAGCAUCAGCAAACGCCCAUGUUCCUGGGGGCCACAGGUGGCAUGAGACUGCUCAGCCGGAAGAACAGCUCUCAGGCGGAGGACGUCUUCGCAGCGGUCAGCCAGGCCCUGAGCCGGUCUCCCGUGGCCUUCUGGGGCGCUGAGCUCCUGGCUGGGCAGGACGAAGGGGCCUUAGGUUGGGUCACCAUCAACUACGUCCUGGGCCUGCUGGUGCAGGUGCCACAGACGGCCCCAGGGUCGGAGGGGCACCCGGGGGGGUCAUCGUGGCCGGCCCCAGGGUGGGAGGGGCACUCGGGGGGGUCAUCGCAGCCCCAGGACUCAGUGCCCCCUGUCUGUGGUCAGUACUCCUUCUCUGGAGAAUGGAUCCAGCCUCUGGAGGGGACGUUGGUGGGCGCCCUGGACAUGGGUGGGGCCUCCACCCAGAUCACCUUUGUGCCUGGAGGCCCCAUCCUGGACACCACCACCCAGGCCACCUUCCGCCUCUAUGGCACAGAACACAGCGUCUACACCCACAGCUACCUCUGCUUCGGGCACGACCAGAUGCUGAACCGGCUCCUGGCCGGGCUGGUGCAGAGCAGCCCGAGCCUCCUGGUGCGUCACCCCUGCUACCACAGCGGCUACCGGGGCACGCUGGCCCUGGCCCCCCUGUACGGGUCGCCCUGCGUCCAGGCCGCAGCCCCCCGAGACCUCGGCCAGAACCUCACUGUGGAGGGGACGGGGAACCCCGGGGCCUGUGUCGCCGCCAUCCGGGGUCUCUUCAACUUCUCCAGCUGCGACGGCCGAGGAGACUGCGCCUUCGACAGGGUCUACCAGCCCCCCGUGCGGGGACAGUUCUACGCCUUCUCCAACUUCUACCACACCUUCCACUUCCUGAACCUCACCUCCAGGCCGCCGCUGGCCACGGCCAAUGCCACCAUCUGGGAGUUCUGCCAGAGGCCCUGGAAGCUGGUGGGUGGAUGCGGGCCGCCCGCCCCCCACCUGGGCCCCAGCUCCCUGGGCUGCAGACUCCACCGAGCGGGGACCCCGUCCCAGGCAGUGUGGCCGGGGGGCUGGGGAGCUCCAGGCAGGAGACUCAGGGGCACGCCUCGGAGGGGGGCCAGCCUUGGGGGCCCAGGAGGCCAGGAGGCCUCAUGGGGCUCCUGGCCUCCCGGGCCCCCAGGUGGAGGCGAGCUCGCCCGGGCAGGACGGCCAGCUGCGCGACUACUGUGCCUCGGGCCUGUACAUCCUCACGCUCCUGCUCGAGGGCUACGGGUUCAGCCAGGAGACCUGGGGCGGCAUCGAGUUCCGCAAGCAGGCCGGUGGCACCGACAUCGGCUGGACGCUGGGCUACAUGCUGAACCUGACCGGCCUGAUCCCAGCCGAGGCGCCCGCCCAGUGGCGGGCACAGAGCUAUGGCGUCUGGGUGGCCGGAGUCGUCUUUUUGGUGCUGACCCUCAUGGCCAUUCUCGGGGCCACUGUGGUGCAGCUCUGGCUCCGGGACUAGGCUGGCUGCCACCUGGUGCUGGAAGGCAGAGGCCUGAGCUGGCCAGAGCCUUCCUGAGCCCCAACCCCAAAGGCUCGCCCUGUGGGCUCUGGCCCCACGGUCACAUGGCCCCCUUUUGCCGUUGGGGUCAUUCUGGCCACGGAGGCUGUGCCGUGGCCCCGACCAUGGCCUUCAGGUGCCAGCGCCCCAGCGGGUUUCCCAUGUUGCACGAGGGCUGGGCCAUCGCGACCCCUGCAGCCCUCAGGGCUGUGUGACUGCAGACCUACGGGUUCAGGGCCAGGCCAAGCCUGGGAGUAGGGGUGACUGCUGGAGGUAGAGGGGGCCCGGCUCUUUGGGAGGGGCCGGCAGCGGGCCCUGGCCUCUCCAGGAGCUGGCAGAGCCAGUGUACAGGCGCUGUGGGCUUUUCCCAGAGCGGCCAGCCCACACCCUCAGAAGCCUCAGUCAGGUCCCCUCAGUGGCCAAGCCCAGAAGACGGACCACACCUUGGUGGGGGCAGAUCGCCUUUAUUAAACCCUCCUUGCCACGGA